GAGCUUUAAUCUAUACUGUUUCUGAAACUUCUGUGGAUUGAAUUCUGAACAUGGGAUCUGCAUUCAAUCAAACCUAUCCUCCGCUGUGAUACCUGAAAAUCGAGAAUUCGGGCCUGCUUUUCCGCGGUCCCUUCCAACAUCAUGUUUAUCCUUACCACCAUCUCAGAUCUUAUUCAGAUUUCCCCAGAGGAUUUUUCAAAAUAUAGUUCCGUUGCCAUCGAGGACAACAUUAAUGAAAAGUACGCCAACAAAGUCAUUCAGAAGAUUGGGCUCUGUAUUGGUUUCUAUGAUCUCUUAGAGUCAUCAGAUGGUCUGAUCGGCCAUGGCACUGGGCUCGUCAAUGUGAACGUGAAGUUCCGGCUUAUUGUGUUUCGCCCAUUUAGGGGGGAGAUUGUGCUGGGCAAGAUCUCAAGCGCUACUGAAAAUGGCAUAAAAAUCGGCGUAGAAUUUUUCAACGACAUCUUGGUACCUCCAGACCUCCUUCUGGAUGGCGCUAGAUUUGAUUACCAGGACCAGGUUUGGAUCUGGGAAAACGAAGAAGGGACGUUCUACUUCGAUGUAGGAGAAGUUGUCCGCUUCCGCGUUGAAAUGGAAGAAUGGCAUGACCAGAUUCCCAAUGCUCCUGAUCUUGGAGAUGGCGCUCCAAUUGACCGCAAGCCUCCGUAUUCUAUUAUUCGAGGUAGAACACUCAGCUCUCCCUCGGGUUCCUACAUACGUGCGAUUUUGAUGUAUGGCCUCGGUUAUCGCCGGAACGAGAUUGGACAGUAG